AAACAGCUGAGUUUGUGAUUUGUGUUUUGAGUCUGCUUCUUCAUCACCGAAGGGAAACCAAAACAUUGAGCUCAAGACAAAAAACAUGGAGAUGGUGGUUAAAGAUGAGAUGAUGACGCUGUGCCUCUGGGCCAAACUGGAAAAGAACCCAAGUUUCAGAGGUUUAACCUUCGAGGGGGUCGGCCUGGGCUUCCAGCUUCCCCAGCAGCUGGUAUGGAGCGACGUGGCGGUGCGGAUCCUCCACACACACUACGACCACCUGACCAUGCUGUCCAGGAUGACUCACCUCAGGACACGCAGGUGUCCUGCAAACAACAAGGAAGAUCUGAGAGACUCGCCUGUGCUGAAGGACUCACCUGUGCUGAAGGACUCGUCUGUGCUGAAAGACUCGCCUGUGCUGAAGGGCUCGUCUGUGCUGAAGGGCUCGCCUGUGCUGAAGGACUCGCCUGUGCUGAAGGACUCGCCUGUGCUGAAGGACUCGCCUGUGCUGAAAGACUC